AGGCCUAUAUAUAUGUGUGUGUUUGUGUAUCUUUUGGUUCGAUAUUUUCAUAGGAGAGAACCAAGAUUGGCAAAAAGCUGAGAGAUCAAUCAAAGUAAAGAAGGAAAAGAAGAGAAUUAAUGGCGGCUCUUUCUACCAACUGUUGCCUUCAUCAUCGUUCCUCCCCACCACCUACUUCUAGCUUGGUACCCACUCCUCCCAAAACUGCACCAAUAAUAGUAUGGGAACAGAAAGGCAGGCCAUGGCAGAAUCAAUUGGUAAUAGGGAUGGCAUGUGUUAUACUCGGCGGCGCAAUAGUAGUAGGUGACCAAGAAAUUGCCUUCGCCGCCGGAGAAACGCCACAAUUAGCCGGAAAACCAAUAAAAAACGUUCAAAUUAGGUGGAGCGAUAAGAGAUCAUGUCCGCCGUGGCAGGCGAAUUCGCUGGAGACGAUCGUGCCGGAGAACCUCCCGAGGCCGUCGAGCCGCCGGAGAUGGGAGAUCGUCGGUUACUCUUCUCGACCGGCGCCGUCGGUGAAAUAUGUUAACAAAAAUAUUAAGCAGUGUUUUUCUUUAUAAUUAAUUGAUAAAAAUUCUUUUAAAACAUGUAAUUAAUGUAUGAUUGAUUACUAAUGAUUAUGACUUCCGAAAGCUUUUAUGUUUU